UGGUGGGAAUCAGGUCGGUUUGUUGGGGGUGAUCAUGUUGACCCUAGUGGGUUUGUUCUUGACCUUUGUGCACGUGUCCUUCGCUGGGAUAUAUUUUUACCUCACUUGGCACCACAAGUAUUGGAAAAAGCGUGGUGUGGUCACUGCCGAACCACUGACCAUUUUGGGAACCUAUCCGGGCAUUCUAGUCAACAAGAGCCGCAGUCUUAUACUCGAUGUUCAGGAUGUCUAUAAUAAAUACAAAGGUAAAUACAGGGCUGUUGGAACUUUCAUCACUCGACAGCCGCAACUUCUCAUUUUGGAUCCCACGCUGGCCCAUGAGGUUUUGGUGGACAAGUUCAGCCAUUUUCGGGACACCAUAACCAGCAGUUUUGUGGGCCACAAUCCAGAUGAGAAAUACGCGGAGAGGUCGCCCUUUUUCAGCGCUGGUGAGGAGUGGAAACGAAGGCGUACUGAAAAUGCGGGAGGAUUAACACCCAAUCGACUGAAACAGGCCUUCACCAUUUGGGAGCAGAGUGGCCGGAAGCUCGUGGAGUACAUAGAAAAGGCGAGGCGGGAAAAAGGCGAUGUCAUCGAAACUAGAGAUCUAUCCUAUCGUUUUACGGCCGACACAAUGGCGGAUUUUAUAUGGGGCAUUGAUGCGGGUUCACUUAGCGGCAAAGUUGGAGAGAUCGGGGCCUUCCAGAAGACCUCCACGGACUGGACCGUCUAUGCCUUUAGCUCGAUGAUCCGAUUCAACAAGAGUCUGGUGGCCACCUUUGUGCGAAAACUGUUCGGCAUGCGAUUUUUCACCAAGGCUUCGGAGGAGUUCUUCCUGCGAUUGACCCAGGAUGCAGUGAAACUCCGGCAAGGUGGAUGUACGGAGGGUCGCACGGACUACCUAUCCCAUCUCAUCCAGCUGCAAGAGCGGGGAAAUACCAUUCACGACUCCGUGGGUCACGCCCUCACCGUUCACUUGGACGGAUACGAAACCUCCGGAGCAGUUCUCUACCACAUGCUCUAUUCGCUGAGCGAGCACCUCGACGAGCAGGAAAAACUGCGAUCGGAAAUACUAGAUGCCUUGGCCUCCGAUGGGAAUAUCAGCUACGAAAAGCUCAAUGGCCUGCCCUAUCUGGAGCAAUGCUUGAAUGAAUCUCUUCGACUGACCACUCCCAUUGGGUUCUUUAUACGGAUCUGCACAAAGCCCACCCAGCUGGACUUGGGCAAUGGGAAAACCGUGGACUUGGAACCAGGCACUACAGUGAUGGUCCCUGCCUUUCAGUACCACCACGAUGAUGACAUCUAUCCGGAGGCCAGUGAAUUUAGGCCAGAUAGAUUUGAGAAUGGAGCAGCGAGUGUCUUUAACAAACGUGGAUGUUAUCUGCCCUUCGGUGAUGGUCCUCGCAUUUGCUUAGGUAUGCGAGUGGGUCAACUGAGUGUUAAGACUGCCAUCGUGCACAUCCUUUCCAAUUAUCUGGUGGAGCAGACCAAAAAGGUGCCCCUGGGCGCAGACACCGGCUUGGGGAUCUUCCUCAAUGGCGAUGUCGAACUGAAAUAUACAAAAUUGAAAAUAUAAAAAAGGAACCUUUUUUGUUGCAA